UCUGCCAGUGAAACUGUCAAACGCCUCUUUUCGGUUAACGCGAAGAUCUACGAAAAUGCUUUUCCACUGAAAUCUUCCAAUUUUUGUCAGGUAAUUACAGCGAAACUGAUGUUGAGAGCCAGCCAGCCUUCUACAGAGCGCAUUUUCAAUAAAGACGUUCGCUUUCGAACUCUAUUUUAAUAGCGACUGAUGAGGGCAAUUAAUUGCACUCUUGGCACGCAUUGUGAUUCUGGAAGAUAAAAGGCGUCUUUCAAGUUGGCUGUCUGAUGUAAGUUCAGACCCAAUACUCUGUUUACUUGAGAACGAGCUCCAUUAUCGGGUAAUUAUAGUCCUGCUCUUUCUCAUAAACAAAGGACCGAGUCGCUGAGUCUGUAGCUCGAGGCGAUGGACAGAUACCGCCACGCGGGAAUAAAUUUACUGCUUCCCUUCCCAUGUAAAUUUUGCCAAAGAGGUAUUCUAAAGCCAGCAAAGCAAAACCUUGUCGGGUCUCAGUCAAACUAAGAUGUUAAAGUGAAAGAGUGGAUUGAUCCAGAGACAUAACUCACAACACCUUAUUCACAUCUGUUCGAAAACAUUCGCCAUAUUGAAUUUCUCUCGCUGUGUUUGUUAUCAUGAGUUGAUUACAAUACCAUUUGCUUUCGCUUUGACAGAUGACUUUCCUUCACCGCCUAAAGUUUGUAUUAUUUUUGAUAUGUUGUAUGCAACAUGCACUUACUUCAAACUCAGCAAGUAACUCAAGUGCCAAUGUGUCUACCAUAAGUAAUGUGACUUUCAGCAUAGGCACCGGGUACUCGUCACCAGAUUGCGCAUCUUGCAGCAAUAGAGGGACCAUCACAGUGACCAAGUCAUGUAGCAUUAAGAUGCCACCUAACGACGAUAAGAAAUGUGACAAGGACGAGUUCAAUAAAACCAGCUGUGGUUACGUUACUAUGGUCGAUAAAAUCUACAGCUGUGCUGACGUGAAAAAGAAUUUCACGUUCUAUGAGGAAAAAUACUUGAAAUCUUUAAAACAAUGUGGUGACGUUUGUCCAACUUCCGGCUCAGUGUUGUCCGCUCACCUCGUGUUCAUUUUCUCAUCUGGUCUCGCUGUCGGCCUAUUUUCGCAGACUCUGUGAUCCACCGACCUUGAAAAAGCUGUCGUUGCCAACACGAUAAAUCAACUCCAUUUCAGUUUUUUAGGAAUAAAGCCGUAGAAAAAGUAUAUUUGUUUUCGAUCGAGGCUUAGCAGAUACAAGCCAAGUGUUUUUGUAAGAGAUGCUAAUGAGGAAAGUUUGGUAUUUCAGUAGAGGGAAUAGAGAGCACUACUGACAUGAAUAGAAAUAGCGUGUUGAUAGAGAUUGUGUAAUCAAAUCAUUUUAUUGAUGUUUAUUUACUUGAAAACUACGAUGUUAAGAUACGUGACUUACGAUUCACGUUAUCUUGAGUUCUUGAUCAACUACGAUCACAGAGUGAGGACAGCGGCAAAAUGAGUGCGCAUGCUCCGUUACUCGAGCCAUUUGAGCGUUCGGGGUUACUGCGAUUCCUCUCCAAACAAAGUUGAUGUAGGUUUUCCCGCUGAGACGACACUCCUUUUCUCCAGGAAGUUUGCCUUCUGAUGAGGCCACGACAAGAAGCGCCAAGGUGAUGAAAGGUGCAACGAACUUCGUAACCAUAUUACUGAUGCACUACUGCGGUCACUAACUUUGCAGCUGUUAACGCAAUAUUUUUUUUGUUGAGUGAAAUACGUGACGGAGGAGUUCGAAGGAAACUUUCUUGAAAACGGCAACUUUGUCUGUUUUGGUUCAGGCUUAUCCCCACGGAAUGAAACCAAACAAUGAGAAUUUCAAAAAUGCCGCUGUUGCGCCUCGAUGGUGUUACUAUGGAAAUAUUGUCGUUUUCAUUCCUUUACGCAUAUGAAAUUUCUCGUGCGUUACUAGCAUGCGUACUUAUUUUGCCGCUGUGUCCCGAGUGAGUAUCAUGUGUUGCUUACGCGUAGUUCAGCUGCCUUUGUUGUACUAAGGUUACUUAGAAGUUUUGUAGAACGGUUCUACUUAUACAACACGACUGUAAAACCCGGAGUGUGUCAAUUUACCAUUAAAAGUAAAUGAAGAGGA